ACGUAGAGCUCACACCACAACUUCCCCUGCAGCCUGUGAAGUAAGCCACGCUCAAGCCUUCACAGGAACGCAGAUGAGAUAAACCCACCCGCGAGUCGUUGUGUUUUCUGUGUGCUGGUCACUUCCAAGCCUGUGUUACCAUGACUGGGGGGGGCAGGAGCCCGUUACUGCUGGUCAUUUCUCUGUGGAUUAGUUUUGGGAGAGCAUCUGCGACUCUUACGGAGCCGGAGAUCUGCUACGUGCUGGAUGGAAUCCUCUUCCUGUACGGCAUCAUCCUGACGGCUCUCUACUGCAGAAUCAAGAUCAUCAAUGCCAAUGCGGCUGCAGCUGAGAACACAAAGGGCAAGCAGACUGGUGAUGAGGGCAUCUACACGGGAUUGACUCCUCGUGCCCAGGACACUUAUGAAACAAUUGGCACGAAGAAGGGACACAAAUAAGUCCAAGAAGCAUCAGUUUUUUUUUUUUUGCUCUUGUGGAAUCAAUGAAAACUUCAGAAGGACAACACAGAGCCAAAGUCUUAUCUUUGCCAUUAUAAAUAUCUUAGUUAUUUUUGUUCUGUUGCAAGUAUUUCAUUUUUAUGCAAACAUAUUUGUAAAACUGCGAUACAUACGGACCAAAUAAGGAUAUGUGGUGGAUGGAUGUAAUAUUCUGUCUGCGUAGUCUGUCCAUCUAACUUCCUCUUUUCGGGCAUUUUAAAGAUGUCGCUUUUUUUUUUUCAUGGCUCCAAAAGUAUUCUAGUGUUGUGCAAGAUGGUAGGCGAUGAAUAGUAGUGGCCUCAGCUCUGUAGAGGCCCUGAGCAGUUUUUCCUGCACACCACACGAUGGCAGUGAUGGUGCCUCUAGUUAAGCUCUUACCUGUCCUUUCUUAAACGCAAACCUGAGAGAAAAUCAAGCAAAUAUCAGAGACUGCUGUAUAGUUACCAGUGUAAACUGCUGCCUGUAGGAUGCAUAGAACUUGUAUACCUAAUAACUGUUAGCUUAUUAAACUUGCUUAUUAAAAAACGU